GUUCUUGAAUGAACGAUUUGUUAACCCUUUUAAAUAUUGCUAAAUGACGUGUUGAAUUUUCCCGUAAUUUUACGUCCAUUAUUAUGACGUCAAUGUGGAGUAAACGUUUCGAAGUGCAAGUAAACAGGAAUAUUUACUAUCUAUGAGUGAAAAAAGACAUGUUUAUGAAAGGUUCCAUACCAUGUGGAUGAUGAAUUUGACAAUUGUGCUGUUGUUGUUGCUGGUUGGGUUGACAGAAAGGACACAUGCUGAAAAUACUGCAGUAGUUAAUGGAGAAGUAAACGCCGUAAACAGUGACAAUUGUCAAUUAACCUGUCAGUUACCGAAUUUUCUGAAAUCACUUUGUGAUCCAUUGAUAUCUCACCUUCAUUGCAAGAAAUCAAUGGUUGAGAAAACGAUAAAAAAAUUAACUACGGUUGAUAAAACCGUCCAAUGUUAUUGCAUGUGGCAUGCAGUUUUUAGGCAUGGACGAGUAGAUAAAAGUGUUUUUGCUAUGAUGGUUGACUACACGCCUUACAACAAAACAAAACAAAUGAGUGUUAGGUUGUCAACAUUGGGAAGAGAAUGUCAAGCUUUUAACGAUCAACUAUGUGUUGGAAGACUUAAAGACUCUAAGGAUGGAUUAUUUUCCAAAAAUGAUGGUUUGACCAAACUACUUGAUGAAAAUAAAAAACCAGCAAAGAAAGAUACUGGUAUAACACUGACCAAUGAAGAAGAAAUGAUAAUGUGGUUUGGAGUUGCUGGCGGUGCCAUUGUCUUCAUUAUUUGCAUAUUUUUUGUAAUCAGGCUAAACAAAGAUUCCUCUCCAAAAUCCCCGUAUGAUAAAGGCAGCCUUGAUGAUGGGGGAUUGUCACGAGACAAGCGGGACACCUGUUGUGACUCAUUUAUUGACAAGUUUAGACGUAACAGUAAAACAAGUGUAGCAGAAAAGGAAAAACUAUUACAACAGAGGGUAAUCAUCCAGAAAAAUCCAGUACCACAACCUCAUUCUUAUCCAUCAGGAAAAAAGAAGGACAAAAGAAGAAGCGAAAAGGAUAAAAAGCAAAUAGCAGGCGACGAUUGGAAUUCAAAGUCAACCCAGUGUGGUACAGUUGACUUUGAUGUGUCGCUGACAUCUUUCAGUGUGUCAACAGAGGACACACGAGUGAAGACUUUGACAGGAAUGAGAAUGGCGGAAAGUGAAUCUGAUGGAGAAGAAGCUAGACUGUUUCAUAGCUCAUUGAUGUAUGGUAACAAUGACACUCCUGAUAAAACAAGGAACAGAGUAAAGUCAACUUCAAGCUUAGUAUCAAAUUGAAUGCAACGUUUAAUCAUCAAAGAUAUGGAUAGCAAAAAAACAAUUAUGUUUUUAUUUUAAAGCAUUUAUACUACUACAAAAUAUAUGACGAAUUGUAUUAAAAUGAAUUUUUGAUCCA